CAUCGGACCAUCUGCCAGUCGCCCCUCUGACACGCGUUUCAGCGCACACUCUCUUGCUACAUUGAUAACGACCCCCAGUGUUGCAGCGUGGCACUGCGCAAGAUAAAGGGCCAGCUCUCUUUUACCAAGCUGCGCGCAUAGUCAACACUGUCGCAUCCCACGCAAAACCAUGGCAAUGCGCUCCAUCUGCCGUGUCAUCUCCGCAGCCAAGAUUGCAGAGCCUUUUCAGCAAGAAAUCAAGAGCAACGUUGCAAAACUAGGCUAUUCGCCCGUCCUGCGCGCCUUUCUUGCCAAUAGCGACCCGUCAGCCAAGGAGUAUGCAGAUUGGACGGCCAAGACGGCAACAGGCCUGGGCAUCACAUUCGAUUUGCAGCAAAUCAAGCGCGAGGAGCUGGAAGCGGCCAUCCUUGAUGCAAACAAGAAUCCAAAGGUCAAUGGCAUCAUGAACUACUGGCCAGUCUUUGAUAAUGUCAUGGAGGAUACACGCGUUCAGCAGCAAGUCGACCCACUCAAGGAUGUGGAGGGCUUUUCUCCCGUCUUUAUUCGCAACCUAUAUGAUAAUGUGCGCUUCUUUGACCCACCAGCCAACUUGAUAAAGUCCAUUUUGCCCGCUACUCCGCUUGCGCUUGUCAAGGCACUCGAGCAUCUUGCAGUCUACAAUCCCUUGCUGGAAGAAGGCUCAAGGUUGUAUGGUAAAACCAUUACCAUUGUCAAUCGCAGCGAGAUUGUCGGCCGACCCUUGGCCGCACUGUGUGCCAAUGAUGGUGCCACCGUCUAUUCAGUCGACGUGACGGGGAUUCGCAAGUACACACGAGACAGGCUGAAGCUUGAGCGUCACCGCUUCGAGGAAGUCGAGAUGACUGUGGAGCAGGCUGCACAGCUCUCUGAUGUGGUCAUCUGCGGUGUACCCUCGCCUGCGUACAAGUUUCCCUCUGCAUCUCUCAAAGAUGGUGCGAUUGCCAUCAACUUUUCCUCAGCAAAGAACUUUGACAAGGAUACGGUGAAGGAACACGCUUCGAUCUAUGUGCCCAGCAUUGGCAAGGUGACGAUAUUGAUGCUUCUGAGGAACUUGCUUCGCCUGUCGCAGAACCAGCACAAUUUGGCAGUUGUCUCGCAAAGCAGUGUGUCGGCCAAGUCGGCGAUGGAUGUGCGGGCGUCUCUUUAGCUAUUGUGCUCCCUAUAGACUGCGACAGACUGCAUUGCAUAGGUAGAUAGGUGUAGAUCUGCUUCAGUCCUUUGGC